CUUCCUCAUCCGAUCCGCCAGGACUUAUUAUUUCUGAAAUAUUCACUUUCGUCCCUCAUUUCCUUUUUCUUUCCCCUUCUCACCCUCGUCUCCUUCAACUUAGGGUUUCGAUUUUCAGGUUUCGCCUCUCACUACCACGACCACCCCCAUCGGAAAAUCUCCAGCUCGAUCCGUUCACGCUAGAUCUCCGCCUUUGAUUUACGCAGCGGUGAUCGCUAACCAUGAAGCAAUCUGCGAAGAAGAAGAAAAAGCGACCGCGUCCUCCCAAGGCCCCCUCCUCCAAUGUUGCGACAAAUGACAAGCAGCAGCAGCAGCUGCACGGACAGGAACAUGAUCAGCAAGAGGAAGCGAGAAUCCUUGAUUGGUUGAUGGAGGCUUUUGAUUCCGUCUCUCUCGAAGAAGCGGCGUCUGCGUACAAACAAGCCGACGGGGAUCCGAACAAAGCCGUGGAGAUUCUGUCGAGUUUGUUAGAUGGAGAUACCAAGAGCGAGGGUCCAGAUCCAUCAACGAGCGGAUCCUCAUGGAGUUCUGGGUCGGACCUUAUGGAGACGGGUUGCGUGCAGAACGCCGUGACUGGAAGGGGCAAGCAGCAGAAGCGAGUGGUGGCAGCAACGGGGACCGUGUCAACGGUGCUUGGUAAAGAGUACGCGAGGGCCAGCCCGAGGCAGCACUCGAAGAAUAGAGUAAUGAAGGAUUAUGGGGUUUUGAACAAGGAGAAGGCUGAACAGUUCUUAUGCUCGAUGCUUGAUGAUGAAUGUGACCUCAGUAUGGCUGUUGUUAGAGAUGUUUUAUGUAAGUGUUUUGGAAUACAAUUUUCUUCAUACAAUUCAGCUACGAUUUCUCAACACCAAAUAGGAGCUGAGUAAAAUUUUACGAUCAAAGGUGCUUGCUUGGUUGUCUCGGUUGUGUACAAUUUACCAGGAUACUCCUUUUCAGACUCAAUUAUAUAAAAUGUUAACUGAGAUUAAUCUCAUUCAGAAAUUGAGUGCUAUGAAAUAUCAUUUUUGCAGGUCAGUGUGGUUACAAAGUUGAAAAGGUACUAUUAGCUCUUCGACUUGGGUGCUUUUGUUUGUUCCUUUCUACUUUAUUUUGAUUCUUUUAUUCUCAAGGCAUGGUUAAGCUGCAGAUGGCAUCUGCAUUUUAAAUUGUCGAUGCUGAUGAAAAUUUAAUCUUUAUGAAUCUAAGUAUCUAACGCAUUACUGUUUGUCAAAGUUUGAAAUUUUAAAUGCCUGAUACAGGAAUGGGGCUUUGAUGAAAAUAAUAAUAAAGGAAUGGGGGUAGG